UUUAAGCGCGCGCGCGCCGGCUCCAUGCGUUCGCAGCCUGGUUGUGUCCCGGAGUCGGAAGAUUCCCCGCAGACGCGGACGGGCCUUUUUUCAAAAGGCCUUGUUGGGGGGGCUCGGCGUCCGCGCGCGUGCGCAGUGGAUAGGCCCGGUGGAGGAUAUUGAAACAAAUGAAGUACAUUUUGGUAACAGGCGGUGUUAUCUCUGGGAUUGGAAAAGGAAUCAUUGCCAGCAGCGUUGGGACAAUCCUCAAAUCAUGUGGAUUACACGUCACUUCCAUUAAAAUUGACCCAUACAUUAACAUUGAUGCAGGCACUUUCUCUCCUUAUGAACAUGGUGAGGUAUUUGUGUUGGAUGAUGGAGGGGAAGUGGAUUUGGAUCUGGGUAACUAUGAACGGUUUCUUGAUAUCCGACUCACGAAAGACAAUAAUCUGACUACAGGGAAGAUAUACCAGUAUGUCAUCAACAAGGAAAGGAAGGGAGACUACUUAGGUAAAACUGUUCAAGUUGUGCCCCACAUUACUGAUGCCAUCCAGGAGUGGGUAAUGAGACAAGCACGGAUCCCAGUAGACGAAGAUGGCGUAGAACCCCAAGUCUGUGUGAUUGAGCUUGGAGGAACAGUGGGAGAUAUUGAAAGCAUGCCUUUCAUCGAAGCAUUCCGCCAGUUUCAAUUCAAAGUCAAGCGAGAGAACUUCUGUAAUAUUCAUGUCAGUCUAGUUCCCCAGCCAAGUUCUACAGGGGAGCAGAAGACAAAACCCACCCAGAAUAGUGUUCGUGAACUUCGGGGCCUUGGUCUCUCACCAGAUCUAAUUGUGUGCAGAUGCUCUACACCUCUGGAUACCUCAGUGAAAGAGAAAAUUUCCAUGUUUUGUCAUGUAGAGCCAGAACAGGUAAUCUGUGUCCAUGACGUCUCUUCCAUCUAUCGGGUUCCUCUGUUGCUAGAGGAGCAAGGAGUGGUUGAUUAUUUUCGACACAGGCUCAACCUUCCCAUUGAAAAGCAGCCCCAGAGAAUGCUUAUGAAGUGGAAAGAGAUGGCAGACAGAUACGAUCGCUUGUUGGAGACCUGUUCUAUUGCCCUUGUUGGCAAAUAUACAAAGUUUUCAGAUUCGUAUGCCUCCGUCAUUAAAGCCUUGGAACAUUCUGCUCUAGCAAUCAAUCACAAACUUGAGAUAAAGUAUAUUGAUUCUGCUAAUUUGGAACCGGUUACUCUACAAGAAGAACCCGUUCGAUACCACGAAGCCUGGCAAAAGCUCUGCAGCGCUGAUGGAGUCUUGGUUCCAGGUGGUUUUGGUGUUCGAGGCACAGAAGGAAAAAUUCAAGCCAUUUCUUGGGCAAGAAAACAGAAGAAACCUUUCUUAGGAGUCUGUUUGGGAAUGCAGUUGGCAGUUGUGGAGUUUGCUCGCAAUGUCCUUGGCUGGCAAGAUGCCAAUUCUACAGAAUUUGACCCCAAAACUACACACCCAGUGGUUAUUGACAUGCCAGAACACAAUCCAGGUCAAAUGGGUGGGACCAUGAGGCUGGGCAAGAGGAGAACCAUCUUUCAAACCAAGAACUCAGUCAUGAGAAAACUAUAUGGAGAUGGUGACUAUUUGGAAGAAAGGCACAGACACAGAUUUGAGGUAAAUCCAGAACUGAAAAACUCAUUUGAAGAGAAAGGUAUGAAGUUUGUGGGCCAGGAUGUGGAAGGAGAACGAAUGGAAGUGGUUGAGUUGGAAGACCAUCCUUUCUUUGUGGGAGUUCAGUAUCACCCAGAAUUCCUAUCCAGACCUAUAAAGCCCUCGCCCCCUUACUUUGGCCUCCUCCUGGCUUCUGCAGGAAGACUCACACAUUACCUCCAGAAAGGUUGCAGACUCUCCCCCAGGGACACCUAUAGUGACAGAAGUGGAAGUAGCUCCCCUGAUUCUGAGAUCACAGAACUGAAAUUUACUGCAGUGAAUCAUGAGUAAAUUGCUGGUGUUGGAAAUUCUUCAUUGGACACAGCACGUCUUGGGGCUUUUGUAAAUCAUGUUAUUGUAAUUGUUUUUUGAGAGAUCAUGUCAUUACUUUUGUUUUAAAUUUUUUUAAAAAAAAUUAUUCCGAGAAAUGGUCACCGAUGCCUACUCGUGCUGAACUGUGAGCUUACAAACCUGAAGUGCAGAAGCUGAGGGAGGGAAGAGUCAUAAAGAUGCAUAAGGAAGUUUAACUGACCAUUUUAAAUGCUCGUGGAAGAUGCCACGCAGAAUCUCUGUUCGGGCUUUCUGUUCACCUCCGUUGUCGGAGGCGGAUACGAUGCCAUUGGCAUCUCAGCGGCAAGGUGUACAAAGCAGGCUAGCCUAAUCUUCACAAGUGUUCUAAACCAGUGUUGUCCAAACGUGGCCACUUUAAGAUGAGUGGACUUCAACUC